CCUCCCCAUGACUACAGCAAACUGCGGCGCCGCCGGUGAGUUCGACUUCAGACUGAUUCUCGGGGAAGACGGCCAGCCGGGUCCCGGGCCGCCACUGGGGCCUGCAGAUCUUGAGUCAGAUGACUGUGCAUCCAUAGACAUCUUUAAUGUAGACCAACCAUCAUCCCCUGUAAAUCAGCCAAUUUGUAUUCCUUGCCAUGGAUUGCAGUCUCACUUCUCUCCUCUUUCACCACCACCAAGACUUCAGAGUCAUAAGAACUAUGAAGCAACUGGUGAGGUACCAGAAUCCAAAUAUAAUCCGCUAGGUGGAUCCAAACCCUUUGAGUGCCCUAGUAUUCAAAUUACAUCUAUUUCACCUAACUGUCAUCAAGGGAUUGAAGCCAAUGAAGAUGAAUUGCACGCAAAUAACACAGAAAAUGAGUAUAUGGAAAGGCCUUCACGGGACCAUCUCUAUCUUCCUCUUGAACCAUCAUAUAGGGAAUCAUCCCUUAGUCCAAGUCCUGCCAGCAGCAUUUCAUCCAGAAGUUGGUUUUCAGAUGCUUCCUCUUGUGAAUCCAUUUCCCACGUUUAUGAUGAUGUAGACUCAGAGCUAAAUGAAGCGGCUACUCAAAUUACCCUGGGCUCUCCUUUGGCAUCCCCUGGUGGUUCUCCAAGAGGCCCCAGUGAUGAAUCUGGACAGCAGCCAUAUGGAUUUGGGCAUGCCUUGUCACCUAGGCAGUCUCCCUGUCAUUCUCCUAGAACUAGUAUUACAGAUGAAAAUUGGCUAAGUCCUAGACCAACAUCAAGGCCCUCAUCAAGACCUACAUCCCCCUGUGGGAAGCGACGACACUCUAGUGCUGAGAUUUGCUAUGCUGGUUCUCUCUCCCCUCACCAUUCUCCAACUCCAUCACCUGGCCAUUCUCCCAGAGGAAGCAUAACAGAAGACACCUGGCUAAACACUUCCAUCCAUAACAUACAAGGCCUUAAUUCUGGCCUUUCACCAUUUCAGUGUUGUACGGAAACUGAUAUUCCUCUAAAAACAAGAAAGACCUCAGAGGAUCAGACUGUCACUUUAUCUGGAAAAAUAGCUAUCUGUUCUGAAGAACAGGGUAACUUACCAUCAUCCCUUGAAACUGCAGUAGAUGACUGCUCUGGAUCUCAGCACACCUUGAAAAAAGAUUUGCCUGGAGAGCAAUUUCUUUCUGUUCCUUCACAUUUUACUUGGAGCAAACCAAAGCCUGGUCAUACUCCUCUAUUUCGCACAUCUUCGUUGCCACCUCUUGAUUGGCCUUUACCAAGUCAUUAUGGGCAGUGUGAACUGAAAAUAGAAGUCCAGCCUAAAACUCAUCACAGAGCUCACUAUGAAACGGAAGGAAGCAGAGGAGCAGUAAAAGCGUCUACUGGAGGACACCCUGUAGUGAAGCUCCUGGGCUACAGCGAAAAGCCAGUAUACCUACAGUUGUUCAUUGGCACAGCAGAUGAUCGGUACUUAAGACCUCAUGCAUUCUACCAGGUGCACCGAAUCACUGGAAAAACAGUUGCAACAGCUAGUCAAGAGAUAAUAAUUGCCAGCACAAAAGUUCUGGAAAUACCACUUCUUCCUGAAAAUAAUAUGUCAUCCAGUAUCGAUUGUGCUGGUAUUUUGAAACUUCGCAAUUCAGAUAUAGAGCUCCGUAAAGGAGAGACAGAUAUUGGAAGAAAGAAUACCAGAGUGCGGCUUGUGUUUCGUGUUCACAUCCCACAGCCUAGUGGAAAAGUCUUAUCCCUGCAGACUGCUUCCAUACCUGUUGAAUGCUCUCAGAGAUCUGCUCAAGAACUCCCUCAGAUUGAGAAGUACAGCAUCAACAGUUGCUCAGUAAACGGAGGCCACAAAAUGGUGGUGAUAGGAUCCAAUUUUCUUCCAGAAUCCAAAAUUAUAUUUUUUGAAAAAGGGCAAGAUGGACGACCUCAAUGGGAGGUAGAAGGGAAAAUAAUUAGGGAAAAGUGUCAAGGGGCAAACAUCAUACUUGAAGUUCCUCCAUACCAUAACAAAGCCAUUACAGCCGCAGUUCAGGUGCAGUUUUAUCUCUGCAAUGGCAAGAGGAAAAAAAGCCAGUCUCAACGUUUUACUUACACACCAGUUAUAAUGAAGCAAGAGCACAGGGAUGAGGUGGAUUUGUCUGCCAUUCCGUCUUUGGCCCUGCAUCACACAAGCAAUGUCCGGGGCCUGCAUUCUAUCCAAACUCAAUUGCCUUCAUCAGAGCAAGGGCAUUCUCACAACAAUUUACUGUCUACAUCACCCAGGAGCCUCGUGUGUUCCGUUCAACCACCAUACACAGCCAUGGUGACCUCAGCAGUAUCCCACCUGCCACAUAUGCAAGGCAGAAACCUUAGUCCAAGUGAAGAGUGUCAUGUUUUGCCUCCUGCUGUGGUUCAGUCUUUUCAGGUAACAUCAGCACCCCCUGUGAGGCCUUCUUACCAGCCUAUGCAGUCUAAUGAAGCAUACAAUGGACAGUCUGGUCUUCCUAUGAACUCUGCCUCCAGCCAAGGAUUCAAUGCUAUUUCAUUUCAGCAAGGCACAGCUGUAUCUCAUUUGAUAAAUCUUAGCUGCCAAGCCCUACCACCGAUGCAGUUUCAUUCUGCAAGCCCAGGUUCUGUGUCAACACCAAGUACAGCAGGACACCUGCUAGCACACCCAGCUCAUUCAGGACAGUCAUCUUCUCACCUGCCAUGGAUGGGAUAUCACUGUCCAAGCACUGGGCAGUGCUCCAUCCCAUCUGCAAUGAGUCGGUCCCUUGGGCAGUCUUCUCCCCAGCUGCAGCAGGUCUCAUAUAAUUCUACAAAUCCAGCAUCUGCUUCAUUCCCAUCCCCAACAACUUCCCACCCUUUGGUCUUCUCACCCCUGUCUGGACAUUCUUCAUCCCAGCUCCAACCUAUGCCUUACCAGUCUCCUAGCUCAGGACCUACCUUGUCUCCCCCACCAGCCACUGUAAGUCACUCGGGACAGCACUCCCCUCAAGCACACAGUCCAGUGCUGGGCAGUCUGAAUGCAGCGUCAUCCCUGGUGCACCACCCCACAUGCAUUUCAUCUCCAUUCCCGCCAGAUGGGGCAGGUAUUAACAUUAAACCAGAACCUGAAGAUCAAGAAUUGAAUUUUCAAACAAUAGGACUACAAGACAUCACACUAGAUGAUGUGAAUGAGAUCAUAGGAAGAGAUAUGUCACAGAUCCCAGUGUUACAUGGACCAACAGCAGCCAGCCAGUCUGCACAUACAUGUCCUGGAUCUCUGGAGACAAGAAUAUCUGAUGGAAUCCAGUAACAGAUAAGCUUACACCUAAAUAUUUCUUCGUCCUCUUCCUCUUUAGACUUACUGUGCUUCCAACACUGUGGCCUUUAUGAAAUGGAACAGUGGAUCCUUGUAAAGCCCUUUCAGUGGGUUACAUUUUUGAUGUAACAGAGCAUUUUAGUUAUAGUUCCUCAAAUACUGUAAAGAGACUUCUUAAAAUGGACACAGAAUCUACAACAGAUAUUUUAACUGUUUUAAAGUUAAACAAGCUUUGCUUUCUGCAUUUAAAUAGAAUACUUUUCUAUUGUAAGUGCUUCAGAUGUGUGGCGAUAUUAGUUUGGUCUUAUAAUAUUCACAGUACUAAAUGUGGAAAAAGAUUUAAUACACAUCUUCAGUGUGCUCCUUUCCCUUAGAGGUAGCAUAGUUUGUAACUGAUGAUUUGUAACACCUUUUGGUCAUUUUGGAAAGCCUUUAAAGCUUCUAUUGUUUAUUUUUUUUAAUACAAUCUUCCAGUGGCAAAUCAUACCUGCCAUCUGAAGCCAAUGCCACGGAAGCCAUUGUGUAUAUAAAUACUUUAGUGUUUUCUUUCUUAGAUUCAUAGGAAGCAAAGCCAAAUGUAGACUUGCACUUGUUUAUAAACUGAAAAUGUUACUUGAUAGGCUGCAAAAAGACCAUUCCAUCAUGAAAGUGUUGGGAAAGGACAUUCCAAAAUUUAACUUAUAUAACUUUGUGGAUAAUCUUCCUGUUCUUUAUUAGCACUGGCUCCUUCUUGAAAUAGCUUUUUAGAAAGUUACACUUGUAAUCAAAUUUGAGCAGUAGGAUUUUAGAUUAAAGAACAGCAACAUCAAAGUCAUGAUAGUUACAGGAGAAAUUUCAAUAUUUGCUGAGGAUCUAGGUGUUCCUGUUAUCCCUGCGGAAUACAGUUUUGAAAUCACAGAUUCAGUGGCAUUCAAGUUUUCCAUGCAAUAAAUUGUGUAAUCACGUGUAUCUUUCAUAUGCUGUAUGCCUGACCAUGCCACUUGGAAGUUCUGAGGAGAUGACAAUUACACUUCCUUAAAUUUAAGAUGCUUAUAAACAUCAGUUUUCUAAAAAGUAAUUUACUGUGAAUUAGGGAUUAGGUAGUGUAAUUUUCCCUUAUUUAAUUGUGAAUGUGGGAAGCAGAAACUACCAAAGAAACACACGAGAUUAAUAGCAGCAGUAAACUUUGUGCUGUGCUCAAAGGAUGCAUUUCCCUUACCUGCAUAAUCUGAUACAUUUGAGACAAUCUAUUUAGAUAGCUAUUAAAAAUCUCAGGCCUCUAUGAUUAGAAACCUAGGAGAGGAUCUGAAACUGCCUACACAGGCCACAAAUGCUUCCCUCCACCAGAAGACACUGUUGUUUACAAAGCUUUCUGACAUGGAACACACAGGGUACAGCAAUCAUGGCAAAGUAAGAUCAGAAAUACAUGGAACCUCAAAACACUGAGGGUGUUAGUUCUAGCUCCCCAUUUGGGUGAGCCAUGAUGCUCUAAUGAAAAUUAAGAGCAAAUACACUCUAAAAUCUCCAAAUAUAGAAAGUGUGUUUGCAUUGAAACUAGUUAAGACAAUUGUGGACAUUUCAGCUGUUUAACAUAUGUGGAGCACAUGUGUCUUUCUGUAGAAAAUUUACCAGAGAUUCUUAAAGUGACAGUAAAAUGGUCUUAAAGUGGAUACCAAAACUGAAUUCUAAUACUUGUGAGAGCAAACAGAUUCUACUGCUGUUGCAUUUUGGCAGAUGGUCACAGGGAAAAAUUCCCAUUGAGCCUUUUGCAAGCACAACAUUACCCCUACAUUUAAGCCAUCACCCAAGCAAUACCAUAGUAGUUACAAGUAGUUGUAACUGCAUUUUUGUAAUAAUCUGAAUCAUGAACUUUUUAGAAGAGCAUACAUUAAGCGGCUGAAGUUAUAACUCUUUAUCAUGUACUUCCUUUUAAGAGUGCAGCCUAAGGCUACUAUCUUGAUGUUUCAUAGUUAUUUCUUAUAACUUAAUGCAAGGCCACUAUGUGUGUGCUGGGAAUCUUCAGCAUCCUUUUUGUGAAUGUAUUGUUCAGCGGUGCAAAUUUUCAAAUUUGCAGGAAAAAAAAUAGGCAGGGUUGUAGUCUGAAAAGUGUAAUACUGCAAUUGUCCCUCAGCAAUGGUGCUUUACUCUGUCCUCUACUCAUUUACAUUAAAGAACCUAGAAAAGGAUUCAGCUUUUCAUACUAUAUGGGAUUUAUGCUCCCUAAUCCUACUGGCAUAGACUCUCCUUGUCAGUUCUCCAAGUAGCUUGAAUUCACACUGUACCUAAAAUAUAGGAGCCCAAACAAUCUGGAGUUGCUAUGCACUAAAUUUUCUGAUGCCUUAAAUACCUUGAUGCCUGUAGACAUAGAGAUGCUUUCCUAUUUAAAAAUGAAAUUAAAAAAAAAAAAAGCUUUUGAUACUAAAGCAGUUUUGUAUUUAUUUGCCUUGUAAAACCUUCAAUAUAGGGGUCAUUACUUUAGCUUGUAUGAUAACAAGAGUAAAGAAAGACUGUUAAUCUUACAUAAUUUUAGUGAUAUAAAAAGCACACAAUCUCUGAAGGACUUAGGGGUGUUGGUUGAUGAGAAACUUAACAUGAGCUGGCUUUGGUGUGCGCUCGCAGCCCAGAAACCAACCACAAGUUGGUUGGACCUAGGCUGCAUCAAAAGAAGCAUGACCAGCAGGUCGAAGGAAGCAAUCCUGCCCCUCUACUCUGCUCUCAUGGGACUCCACUUGGAGUACUGUGUGCAGUUCUGGUGUCCUGAACAUGAGGACAUGAUGGUGCUGGAGCAAGUCCAGAGGAGGGCCACAGGGAUGAUAAGGGGGCUGGAGCACCAGCCAUAUGAAGACAGGCUGAGAAAGUUGGGGCUGUUCAGCCUGGAGAAGAGAAGGCUGUGUGGAGACCUCAUAGCAGCCUUCCAGUAUCUGAAGGGGGCCUACAAGGAUGCUGGGGAGGGACUCUUCAUCAGGGACCAUAGCGACAGAACAAGGGGUAAUGGGCACAAACUAAAACAAGGGAAAUUCAGGUUAGAUAAAAGGAAGAAGUUCUUCACUGUGAGGGUGGUGAGGCACUGGAAAGGACUGCCCAAAGAAGUGGUAAAUGCUCCAUCCCUGGCAGUGAUCAGGUCCAGGUUGGACAAAGCCUUGUGCAACAUGGUUUAGUGUGAGGUGUCCUUGCCCAUGGCAGGAGGGUAGGGUGCUCUUAAAGUCUUUUCCAACCCUAACCAUUCUAUGAUUCCAUGCAAAUUGAAUUACACCACAGAACUCAAUAACUGUCUAUUUUGUUGACAUCACUUCCUUACCCUUAAGUCCUUUCUUCUCCCCAAGUACUUUUCGAAAACUUUUUAAUAAUUUAGAUUAUCCUGAAGGAAAGCCUUAACGAUGAGGUAGCUUUUCUAUACGGAGGGUCAAAGGUCAAUGUUAAA